AUGUCGCGCAAGAACAUCACCGUGCCCACCAAUGCGGCCCUGCCGCACACCCAGCGCCUGCCUGCCGACAGCCCUGACGUCGCCAAAACCCUUUCCCGCCUCAGCCGCCACUCGCUCCUCGAGCUCGUUCUGGAAUGGCUCGACAAGAAGAAUCGCGAGUUCUGCGAGCCCUAUCUGGCGCACGCGUCUGAUCAGGACGAAGACGAGGACGCCCCGUACUCGCCCGCCACCUCUGACGAGGAGAUCGUCGAGGUGUACAAGGAGCUCAAGGCGCGCAAGGGAGGCAAGCGCGAGGUUGUCGAUAGGAUCCUGGAAGCCGAUUGGAGGCAUGGCAUCACGCUGUACCAGCUGGCCAUGGCCGAGACGCGCUAUCUUCUGGACCACCCAAACUCCUUGCGCUGGAAUGCGCUGCAGCUCUCCAAGGUCACCGGCUCUGGAGGCUCAUCCACCGACGAGAAUAUCGAGGUAAUCGACGAGAGUGCUGCUACCAGUCUUCCUCGCUUCCACGCGACCACGUUCGCCCUGAAUCUACAGAAAGAAGUGGCUCCUGUCACCAAGGCUCACUACUACAUCACCCGCGUCAAGGCGUUCGGCAUUUCAUUACUACGCGUGCACAUCCAUGAUUCGCCUUACAAUCAUCCUCUUCCUGGUGCUGCCAGCAGCGCUGCUGAAGGAUCAAAAUCCGUAUUUCUGGUCUUCCCUGAUGGCUCGCCCUACGUGCUGUUCCGAAGGCGCUUUCGCGUCCCCAUAGCCGCUACGCACUGA